AUGGUGCUCGCACCGGAAGAGAAGGGGCCGUUCUCCCAGCCAUCUUGUGGCAGCAUCCAGCGAAUUGUUCGCAUCAAGCCUCGUAGAAUCGGAGGUGAAUCCCGCUGAAGGGGCGCCAUCAUGCCCGGACACCUGCAAGAAGGCUUCGGCUGCGUCGUGACGAACCGGUUCGACCAGUUAUUGGAUGAUGAGUCCGACCCGUUCGAGAUCUUAAAAGCGGCGGAAAACAAGAAGAAGGAGGGGGCCGCCGCUGGUUCCACCAAGACCGCGGCUCAAGCAGCCAAGCAGCCGAAGAAGGAGUCCCAGAAGGACAGAAAGAACCCGCUCCUGGACAAGAAGGAAGAGUCCCAGGCCCCCGUGCCCCUGAAGAAAGAAGGUAUCAGACGGGUUGGCAGAAGGCAAGACCAGCAGGGGCAGCCCGGGUCCCAGCACCAGGGUGGACCGGGUGAGGGGCGACCUGGAGACAAGAGGCCGGACAGGAGACCACCUCGCGAGCGGCGCUUCGAAAAGCCAGCAGAGGACAAGCCAGAGGGAGGUGGAGAGUUCUCUGCAGACAAGCCUUCUGGAGACAGGCCCCCCAGAGGGCGUGGUGGCGGCAGGGGUGGACGUGGUGGAAGAGGACGGGGAAUGGGCCGAGGCGACGGCUUUGACUCCCGUGGGAAACGAGACUUUGACAGACACAGCGGCAGUGACAAAUCCAAUCAGAAAAGUGAAGAGAAGCGUGGUGGCAGUGGCUCAAACAACUGGGGCAAUGUGAAGGAUGAAGUGAGCGAGGCCGAGCAGACGGCUGCUCCUGAGACGACCCCAGAGGGAGAGGAACACGCACCUGCCGGAUCUGAGAACAAGCUUCCUAGGGAGAAUGAAGUUGAAGAAGUUAAAAACGAAGGCCCCAGAGAGAUGACCCUGGACGAGUGGAAGGCCAUGCAGGACAAGGAGCGCACCAAGGUGGAAUUCAACAUCCGGAAGCCCAACGAGGGAGCCGACAGCCAAUGGAAGAAAGGAUACGUGCUGCACAAGUCCAAGAGUGAAGAUGUAUGUGUGAGACCUGUUGGUGCUUUGAUUGACGCAUCAGAGAUGGAAGCAGAGGCACACACUAUGUACCACAAGCAGGGCAACCCUGACGAAUCCGCGGACCACCACUUCCGUAAACCAGCCAAUGACAUCACAUCUCAGCUCGAGAUCAACUUCGGAGACCUCGGCCGCCCUGGACGCGGGCGUGGGGGCGCUCGCGGAGGCAGGGGAGGCCGCGGCGGGGGAGGCAGCAGGACGGCACGUGGGGGAGGACGAUCCGAAAAGGCCAGUGGAGUGUCAGUCCCCAACGUGGAUGAUCCCGAGGCCUUCCCAGCUCUGGCCUAAAGGCUCCGUUUCCACCACCAGCCCACCCAUCAGCCCUUCCGGGCCCCUCCUCUACGAGGCUUGCAUGCUUACCACAUCUUCAAGUAUAUAAGAAAACAAAGAAAAAAAGAUUUUAAAGACGAAAAAAACUGUCAUCCCAUACUACUCACACCACCAGAGGACUAAAAUUUUACCUGUUUUAAAGGAGAACAAAAGACAAAAAAAAAAAGACGGGAAAAGGACCUCUUGUUACACUGAAGUUUUGUAUUUAGGAACAUGAAAGCAGGGAUGUUUUCAUACUUUUUCUUUUUGUUCACAGAUUAUGCAUACUUCAUGAUGAUGUUUUUUUGUGCUGCUUGAAUUUAUGCAUUUCUGCGAUUAGGUUGAAGUGUUUGUAUCUCUCUCCCUGAAGCUUUUGUGCUCUUUCCUCAUGACUUCAGCUUAGUAUUAUGGGGUCAUCUUAGAAAACAUUUUGUACUGGAGUUUUUUCCCCAGUAAUACACACUGAUGUGGUAGCACUACACUACAUAGAGAACUUGUAAUAGUUACUGAAGUAUGGCUUAACUUGCAUUUAAAGUGUAAUUACUCUAAACCUGACUACCCAUCCCUUUGCGAGGCACAAAUUCCGGAUGGGUAACCAGGUGAAGUGACUUCCUACUAAAAAGCUUGGUAUUUUUCUGCUUGUCGUGCAGUGAAAGUAAAUGCCUCUUUUCCUUUUUGAUAGCUUGCCUUUAUUUUUCAGUGGACCAGUGGUUAGUUAGCUUCGUAUCCCCUGAUCCAGAUGUGCUACCUGUGUUUUCAGGGUGUCCCAGGGCCCAAUGUAUAUCUUUAGGCUGGUCCUCUUAGGUCAUACAGACUUGUACUACUUGUAAGUUCAGGACCACUAAGCAAAUAUUGUAAUUUUUUUUUUUUUUUUUUUUUUUUGUUAAGGAUACGUGUGUGGGUGUGUGUGUGCGCGCAUGUGAAAGUGUAUGUGUGCAGACAAGUGUGAAGCUGAAUGUGUGAAUAUGACAGCUAGUUACUUAGAGUUGAAGUACUCCUCUGCUAUGAUUUCGGUGCAUUCUCGCCUGAUGUAGUUCAUACUGUCUUUCUGAGAAGAGACUGUUGAAAUCUAGGUGGGAAUGAUGUAGUCCGCUGACAUAUCUCGCUCUUAGAGAAUCUUUAAUGUCUCAAAACAUUUGGUUUUAUCAGCGCCAGUUUCUCUCUCCCUCCCCCCCCUUUCUGUAAACCAUACACUUGCUGUUUUUAAUUUUUAUUUUUAUCAGAGCAGCAGCACCAAUGCAUAAUUUGUCUGAAAGAAAUGUCUGCUGUCAUCGUGGAACAAUCAAGAGCUACAGAAUGUAAUGUAAGCUAAUGGUGCUUUUAGCCAGCUGUGUCAGCAUUUCCAGUGAGCUUUUUAUUUUAAUGAAGCGGGUAUAUAUUUCACACGGGGUGGGAACGGGGAGGGGGCGUGCCGUAGCCAUGACUGACUUAAUUUAAAGCUUUAUGCUGUGCUCUGCAAAGACUUGCUGGUGAUGCACUGAUACAGACGGCUGGAGCAGUUUCUUGUAGGACUGUUUGAGCCACAUGACGGUAAAAGUUUCUCUGCAAACAUCCCUGUUCUAAUAAAUUGCUUUAGAGGUGUUACAUGUACUCUGCCAGUGGCUGUUGGGUUGUUUAAAAUCAAUACUGUGAUUUUAAAGGUGUAAACAAACA